AUGUUAACCGGGCAUUCCCUAUCUGCUCUGGUGAAUUAUAAGUUUUUAUGUGGAAGUUCAGACACCUUUUUUCUCACCUCCGUCUCCUUGUUUGCAACAGAUUCCGAACUCUGUUCUUCCUCAUUAAAGAUGCAGCCACCUGCUUGCAGUUAUCCUCUGGAAAAGGACGAAGACACACCUGAGGAAGAGAGGCACCCGAAGGCGCAACCUCAGUGCGCAACCGGGCCUCUUGGUGGUGUGGAGAAGACGGAGCCAUCCUUCCCGGAGGUGCAGCGCCCAGACUGCGGGUCCUCUCCUCGACCCCCGCUGGAAAGCCUGUCCAAGAAGCACUGUCAGAACCAGGGGAAACUUCUCCACUUUGACCGGCAAGCCCCGGGCCGCGUAUCCACCUCGCCCACACUGAGGCGGUUAAGGGGCCGCAGCUGCGAGAGCGUGCGUGGGCGUGCGCACGGCACUGCGCAUGCGCCGCCUCAGCCCGCGGCGUUUGAGGUGCCCACCUGGGGCAGCUGCAAGGAGACUUCCGGCUCCCCGCAUCGUCUCUCCAGCGGGCUGUUUGGAAGCCCAGAGGAGUCUUCGCACUCCCUGUGGCCCGUGAGACUCCACUGAAGAUUGCCUCCGGACCCCAAAAGGGCACUCAACGCAGCCGACUCGUUUGAGCUCCACAUGGCGCCCAGUGAUGAGCUUGCCCUUCCCGUGCCUCAGCCCCUCAACGAGGGGUCGCUUCCUCAGGCCUGCCUUCCACGGAGUGAAGGCCAGCCAGCACCCAGCCGCGCCCCACAGCUCCCCAGGCCUCAGAGAGAAGAAUUGCAUCAGUCCAGAUUCUACGAGCACAGGAGGAGUUCUGUGGUGCUCAACUUAUCUGGACUUGAGGUGUUCCCCGGGGACCUUCUGGUGUCAGAUGGAGCUGCCAAUUACCUGUGCCACCCACUUCUGCUGCUGAAUUCAGGAUCCAAAAAGCCAAGAUGGCCUUUCUCCAGGAGAGGAGUGGGCAAAGACAAACACAAGCACAUGUCUGAUCUGAAAGGCUGCCUCUCCUCUUUGAAGAUUACAGAUUUCAGGGCCUAUGAGUUCCAGACUGAAGGUGUACAGGAUAAGACCUAGAAUGAAGUCGUGGAAACACAUCAAAAACUUCCUACUAAUCAACUAGACUUGAGAAAGCAGCAAGAGGCUGUGUGGGAACUCUUCACGAGUGAAUGCACUUAUUUCUUGGACCAUUUAUUAGUUCUUAAGAUGGUUUUUUUUUUUACAUUAAAAUACCUACAGACUCAUGAAUAUCUCCGAGUGGAUUUAUGGAGACUUCUUGCAAACCUGGAGGAGUUAAGUCAGACAAGCUUUGGUUUUGUGAACAGUCUUUUCCACAUCUUCAAGGACUAUGUCGACACUUCUGAGACUUUACCAUCGUUGGAUUUCAUUUCUGUGCUCACAAAGUAUUUCCAAGGAAGCCUGUGUCAGAGCCACCAGACCUACUGCCUGAAUUACUCAGCUGCUGUCUUUUAUCUUGAGAGUCUGAGGCAGAGAGAGGACUUCGGAAUUUAUUUAAAAUGGUGUGAGCAAAAUGAACAGUGCAGACGCCUUCACCUGCCUGAGCUGCUACUGGCCCCACUACACAGGCUGACUCGAUACCUGUUGCUGAAGAACAUCUGGAAAAGGAGUACAGACUCUAUGGAGAAAAUCAUGAUCUGCUCCAUCAAGGAAAAAGUGGAAAAGUCAAUCUGGGAUUUUGAAGGAAAAGUGAAGUGGCUUGACAAUUUUCAAAAAUGCAGACAUCUACAGGAGAUUAUAGUGUGGCCUCCACUUUGGGAUAGAGAUAAAAGGUUUUUCAUUCCAGAGUGCCUGAAACACGUUUUUAAAGAACACAUGGCAGAAAACAUCCUGUCACCAACCAACAGACACCUUCUCUAUGAAGGAAAAUAAACUCUUGCAGAAAGCACAAGAUUCCUAGAUGUUUAUCUGUUUCUCUUUGAUGAUUUCCUCUUAGUUACGAAAACUAAGCGCAACAAAAAGAAACUUGGAGGCUCAGACACUGGUUUAAUGUGCCCUUCAGUUAUUCCUGCGCUACAAACAGUAAUCAAAGGAGGUGGUUCAUGUAUGGUACCCGAUCAGCCCACUCCACUAGACAGAUUGGUUGUCAGAGGGCUCGAUCCACUCCACAUGUCAGUCUUUGAGCUGAGAAAUUCUUUCCUCAUACAACAUGAAAACAGCUAUCGACAGUGUAUAGCAGCGUUCUUAUUACAAGCCCAAACAGAAAACAUCAAGAAAACAUGGAUUGCACAAUUAACAGCAGCAAUCUCUUGCUUCACCAAGAGUCAGGAAACCAAGAAGAUGUCCUUAUUCACUUUGCCUGCAGAAUCCUCCGAAAUUUAG